CGGCAUCCUACGUGUAUUUUUCCGGUUCUUGUUCUUUCAUUUUCUUAGCUUCAGUUGGAUAGGAAAUACGCUGAGAUUUACAAGAAAUACCAGCGAUAUUCAUAAUGUUUAAUUCAAUUAAAUUAGUUUUACUAUUAAGUGUAGUUUACCUAUGUAGGGCGGCUGAAGAAGAUGUAUUAGAUCUCACGGAUUCUGAUUUCUCAUCAGUUUUAUCUCAGCAUGACACCGCUUUGGUGAUGUUUUACGCACCAUGGUGCGGCCACUGUAAGAGAUUGAAGCCGGAAUACGCGCUGGCCGCGGGGAUAUUGAAGGGCGAUGACCCGCCGGUGACGCUGGCUAAGGUGGACUGCACGGAGGGCGGCAAGAGCACCUGCGAGCAGUACUCCGUGUCCGGCUACCCCACGCUCAAGAUCUUCCGCAAGGGAGAGAACUCUCAGGAGUACAAUGGACCCAGGGAGUCCAAUGGCAUUGUCAAGUUCAUGCGUGCUCAAGUGGGGCCGAGCUCCAAGGAGCUCAACUCUGUGGCCGACUACGAAGCCAUCCUCAACAAGGACGAUGUGGUGCUCGUUGGCUUCUUUGAGAAGGAGUCGGACCUGAAGGGAGAGUUCCUGAAGGCGGCCGACAAGCUCCGGGAGCAGGUCAACUUCGCACACACUUCCGCCAAGGAUGUCCUGGACAAGGCUGGAUACAAGAACGACGUGGUGCUGUACAGGCCCAAGCGGCUGCACAACAAGUUCGAGGAAUCCUCCGUCAAGUACGAGGGAGAGCCCGCCUCAUACUCCUUCAAGGCCUUCAUCCAGGAGCACUCGCACGGUCUGGUCGGCGUGCGUCAGAAGGACAACGUGCAGGACUUCACGGGGCCGCUGGUGGUCGCCUUCUACGACGUGGACUACGUCAAGAACCCCAAGGGGACCAACUACUGGAGGAACCGCGUGCUCAAGGUCGCCAAAGACAACAACGAGGUGACCUUCGCAGUCAGCGACAAGAACGAGUUCACGCACGAGCUGAACGAGUACGGCAUCGACUUCGGCAAGCGCGACAAGCCCGUGGUCGCCGGCAAGGACGCCGACGGUAACAAGUUCGUCAUGGAGAAGGAGUUCAGCAUCGACAACCUCGCCGAGUUCGCAAAGGACCUCCUUGCCGGCAACCUCGAGCCUUUCGUCAAGUCCGAGGCCGUUCCUGAGAACAAUGACGGGCCCGUGAAGGUGGCCGUCGGCAAGAACUUCAAGGAGCUGGUCACCGACAGUGGACGGGACGCCCUGAUUGAGUUCUACGCGCCGUGGUGCGGACACUGCCAGAAACUCGCGCCCAUCUGGGACGAGCUCGGUGAAAAGCUGAAGAACGAGCCCGUGGACAUCGUGAAGAUCGACGCGACCGCCAACGACUGGCCCAAGUCGCAGUACGACGUGUCCGGCUUCCCCACCAUCUACUGGAAGCCCGCUGACGGCUCCAAGCCUUCCAGAUACAAUGGUGGCCGCAGUCUGGAUGACUUCGUGAAGUACGUAGCGGAGCACUCCUCCAAGGAGCUCGGCAGCUUCGACCGCAAGGGCAACGCCAAGGACGAGCUGUAGACUCGCCCACAAGUGAUUCAAAACUUUCCAUGAAAGAUCUGUGAGUGAAUGUAAUGUAAGAAUGAAUGAGAAUGAGUUGUGUUACAUCGUAACGUUACGUAGCGCUGACCUACAAGUCUUGGAGUUAGUGAAUCAAUGUUUUCUUGAACAGUAUAUGGGUUGUCACCAGUGAUAGUCAUCAGUCGCUGCCCGCUGUGUUACAGAAAAGCUGAGAUUUUGUAAUCAGUGAUGUACUAGAUUAAUUUACAGAAAUACAGUAAUUUUUAAUGCAUUUCUUUAUAUACACAUAAUAAUAUAUAUAUGUCAGUGAAAACUACGAAUAAAUUAGGUUGUAUUUGUAAA